AUGGCCCACUUGCUGCUGCUCCCCCUCUUUUGCUGUCCCCCCAAAGGGACCUUUGUCUUGGGCCUGCUGACAUCAAGUUUCUCACUGAACUUCACACUGCCGGCCAACACGACUUCCUCCCCACCUGCUACAAGUGGGAAAGAAGCAGACUGUGGGCCCUCUCUUGGAUUAGCAGCAGGCAUCCCAUCCCUGGUGGCCACAGCCCUGCUGGUGGCUUUACUAUUUAUGCUGAUCCGCCGAAGAAGAAGCAGCAAUGAGUCCACGGAGGAAAGUGAGAGACCAUGUGAAAUUUCAGAAAUCUAUGACAAUCCCAAGAUUGCUGAGAAUCCUAGGAGGUCACCCACACAUGAGAAGAAUCUGACGGGAGCAGAAGGAGCCCACGUAUAUGUGAAGACUGUAGCAGGAAGCGAGGAGCCCAUGCAUGACACUUACCGUCCUCCUGUCGGAAUGGAGAGAAGAAGGGGAUUGUGGUGGCUUGUGCCCAGAUUGAGCCUGGAAUGAGGCAGUUCGGUCAAGGAGCAGAUCUAGAGCUGGAACAGAGCUGAAAACCCAGGGAUCUGUGCUCAGAGUGAGGAGAGAUACUAAGCUGCUUCUUAACCAAUCCAAAUUUCCAUUGCAGAUCUGGAAAACUUUGGGUUGAUUUGUCUCUGUAGGUGACAGAAUAAGGACUCAUUCCAACA